GGAGAAAUGGCGCAAGGUGUGGAGUGAUUUAAAAAAUAACACCAAAAGAAAGCUGGCAAAGAUAAAUAGAGCUGCAAGCGGUACUGGUGGUGGACCUGCACUUCGAUUAUCGUUGACUGACCUUGAAAACAGGGUCAUGCAAAUCAUUGGAGUGGAGGCAGCUACUGGCAUGACGGUGGUGGAAGCUGGCUUUCAGCAGAAUGAAGAUGAUGAAAAAACGCCCAACACCCAGCCAGAAGAAAUAAUUAUACCUGGGUAUAUAGAAGAUAACCAAUUCACCCUGGAUACAAUAGAUACAGAAGCCGAUUGGAACACCCCAAGCACCAGUAGCCAACCUACCGUGGUGCUGCCCCCUCUUCAGAGUGAAGAAACUGCAACACCUCCACCUUCUUCUCAAAAAAUUAAAAUUAUAUCAGAUGAGCAUUGGGUACCACCACCACAAAAAAAGAAAAAAUGUGAUAAUAAUAAUGUAGCGAAGAUAUUUGUAGAUUCUGAUAGGAGAGCAAGAGAAUAUGCAAGAGAGCGUGAUUUGGCCUUUGAAAGGUUAGAGACCGAAAGACUGCGUGUGCAUGAGUAUGAAGUCCAUGAAAGGGUGCGACAGAGGGACCAAGAGCUCAAUUUACAGGCUCAAUGGCUCCAGUUCAUGAAAGAGGCUAUGAAUGUUAUUAUUAGAUACUUUGAAAAAGAAGACAUGUAA